ACCACGGGUUUCUGCCGUCGUUUUUCAGCCCUUCAGAUCAACACCAGGCUUGAAUUCUAAACUGUAGCUCAGAGUGAACCAAACUUGUUGACCUUCUGCAUUAGAGGCUUUCACACAACUCAACUUGGUGCCAAAAGGUCAGAGGUCGCAUCUCUGAAGAUGUGUACCUUCAUUUUUGAUGAAAGGUAGCCACCAGUGUGCUACACUGUUCUUGUUCAGGAUCUAUUCACAUUAAAUCUGAAGCAGUCAGGCUCAUCACCUUUCACCACAUUCUGAGGUCAAAGGUCGCUGUGUUUCAGGAAGAUGUUGCUGAUUUAGAUGUUAUGUUGCUUUCUGGGCUAAAAGGGCUUCUAAUUGUGGAACAUAACAUUUUAUUUUAGCACCAACAAUCCUUAUUUUCCAACUUCUGAUUUCAGUAAAAGAUAAUUUACGUGAAACUCUAAGUCAUAUUUGUAAGCUGUGUGCGUCAGACGACUCUGAAAAGUUUGCCUUCUGUUUAUAAAGCUGCACCAUGCAGAAGUGUUAAGAGACUGGAAUAUUAUAUUUAUGUACGUGUUUGAAAUUCGGCAUCUUCCAUGACGACAGAAAGCUGCAAAUAUUUAACAGUGAAGUGUCAGAAUGCUGUUUAAAGACGUAUCCUCUAAUCCCGAAUCCUCCUUCCUAAAACAUUUUUCGUCAUAAACAGCGAAGAAGAGCCGUUCAUAAAUCCCAGGUGGACAUGAUGAUCCUGCACAGCUGUGAGUUUAAAGAGACAGAGCCAUGUUUCACGCAGCGUUAACCUCGGCAGCCGACUUGUUCCUAAAACCAUGACAGACGAACUCUGUGUCUCAUCCAGAUUUAAAUCUUAGCUUCUUCCUCUUCCUGUCGCAGUCAGACAGUGAUGGCCUGUGACUCCCACAUGGCCGGAGCCUCUCUGGAGCGAGGCGGGGCCCCCAGGGGCCGCAUCGAGGACCGCGGCAGAACCGCCAGCAGCUGGGACGACGGCAGCGACGCCUGCAACAGCCACGUUCUGGCUCUGACGUCACGCCUGCACACACAGAUGAAUCUCCAGCUCUGCUUCAUCAACAACAGUGAAAGUGAGGAGGAAGAGGAUGAAGAGCAGGAGAAAGAUGUGUGCAGCAAGAAGAGCAGCAGCUCCUUGAAGAGGACAGCACCGGCUCAGAAGAACUCCCAGAAUCCUUCCAUGUCUGAAGAGCCGAAGUCCAGAGGCUUCAGGAACACCCUGAGGAACCUUCGAGACCGGCUGAGAACCGACCAGAGAAAAAAGACAGCCGGUCGUAGAGAAGCAGCGGCCCAGCGGACCCACCUGGAGCUCAGCGAUGUGGAGCGGCUCAGUGUGGAGCAGCUGAAGGCGCUCUGUGCGUCUCUCAGACAGGACAUACAAGACCUGAGCUCUGAGCUGGUGAGUCGCCUCCACAUCCGGGACCAGCUGAGGACGGAGCAGGACGCCAUGCUGCUGGAGGUGCAGGAUCUGACCGCGCUGUGAUGCGUCCUGUUUCCAGCUUCACAUCUGAUUUUUGCACAGAAACCAUUUCAACAGAGAGCGAGCACACAGCUCAGGUAGACUCAGACAUUCACCACCACAGUGUUCCUGUCGGUACUCUGAAUACAAACUAACAAAGUUUGCACUGGGGAUAGAAGAAACACUUGCUCCAGUCAAAUCCAGUCGGGUUUGAUGGUCUGGCUGCUGAGAGUCAUCACCACUUCACCUGUGAGUUCCUUCACUGCAUGAACACAUGGGAGAGAUUAAUCCCAGCUUGCGUGGUGCUGGUUUCUCUCACUAACUGGCUCCUCAGGCGACCCAGCUGUGGACGUGGCUUUUUGAAAUGUUUCAAGGUCACACAGCUCAGAAUCUAAGAACGUCCAGGAGCUUCAGUCAGAGGCAGCUGGACUUCUUCUCUUGUUUCCUAAUGACGUUUGGCGUCUCAUCCUCGCUGCUUCUUCGGUUCUGAACAUGGUUGAAGCAGGCCUGUCACAAUAAACAAUAAAUCAAUUAAUCGCAUGAUAAAUGAAAAGAAACUC